GGUAUAAAAAAAAGCGCGUCAUACCGGUAAUACGUACUGCUCGGAAGUCUGUAGAGUUACAGAGCAACUGAAGAGAUAAAAUACACAAUAUCUGUACCCUAUUGGAUGUUUCAUUGAAUACACCAAGCAUUGCAUUUCCGCGUCAAUCACGGCACAGAGAUCGUACAAAACCACAAGCCAUCUGUUUUGGAAAUGGACUUUAUUAAUAAUAAAUACGCUUAAGUUGAUUUGACUCAGCUUGUCCAUAGCAUACGUAACGUAGCUAUUACUUAAGCCAGUUUACUUUGUCAAGUCAUUAGUUAAUAUUGAGACUCUUACUUACUGUCCACAAAAGUUGUCAUACUGAACUUUACAUGUUUUUUAUUAUUCCGUGAAUGCCUCAAAGCUCUACUCUUCCGCACCGUAAUAUCAGACUGUUCCACACAUGAGGCUAUUCUGAAACGGAAGAAAGAUGUAGUUCCACUUUGAAAUGUAGCUUUUCCCUCAGUUUGCUGACCGUCACGAGUAGAUAUGGGAGGGUCCAUAUUUCCGACAGCAAGCAAAAGCCCCGAACGUCCUCCCCUUGCUAUCAUCGCGCUCUGCUCUGUGUCACCUGUGCACUCACAGAGAGACGUAAGCUACGUGGGUAUUUUUCGGACUUUCCAUAGCUCUCCCAAACAAGAGUGACAUAUUCGCGGGCUACAGCCUACUUGUACAGCUCAGACCGACUUAAACUCCUCAUUUCUUGAAGCUCACCAGAGAUAUCCACAACCACUGAAAGCUACUUUAUAAGGAUGGCUUCUACUUCUUUCCAGCUGCUGGCUUUCGUGAUAGCCGGGACGCUUUCCCAAGUGUGGGGCACAGAAAGUGUGACUGCUAUGUAUGGAGAGACCAUUGUCAUACCAUGCAGUGAUGGAGGUAUGGCAGCAAAAGAUCUGAUGUUCAUCAAGUGGAAAUAUGAGAAAGAUGAUGGCACUCCUGGUGAUCUAUUGAUCAAACAGGCCCACAGUGACCAAGCCACUGUUCAGGCCACGGACAAUUAUGCCCAGCGGGUCAGCAUCGAUGACAAGUUCAGCCUGCUAAUCACCCAGGCCUCACUUAAAGACCAGAAGACCUUCACCUGCAUGGUGGUGUCAGUCAGCAACCUCAUGGAGUACCCUGUCUCUGUUGUUGUCCACAAGAAACCGUCGUCAGUUCAGAUUAUGGACAAGUCAGAAGUACUGCAGAGGGACAAACUAACAACGGUGGGAACAUGUGUUGCAACAGAUGCAAAUCCUGCAGCCACAAUUACAUGGAAAAAAAAUGGGAAGCCUUUGCUAUCUGAUGGGAAAGCUGUUGCGAUCAACCCCAGCUUGAAGCUGGAUCCAGCCACAGGCCUGUCCACCACUUCCUCCACCCUCCAGUAUGCAGCCACCAAGGAUGAUGUUAAUGCAGUCUUUGCUUGCAUUGCCACUCAUGAGUCGACAAAUCAGGAGACAGACCUGGAACCCUUUCCUAUUCACUACCCAUCAGAGACAGUUAACCUUGAAAUUAAGACGCCCGUUGCAGAAGGAGACAACGUGACGCUGAAGUGUCAGGGUGAUGGCAACCCUCCACCCAGCUCCUUCUUCUUCCACAUCAAGGGCCGGAAAGUGCUGGUGGAAAAUUCAGACACCUACACUUUGACUACCAUCAACAGAGAGGAUACAGGUGAAUAUAAAUGCUCCCUGUCUGACAACGAGAAACUGGAGGCCUCCCAAAGCAUCCUUGUUAACUAUCUGGACCUGAGUCUGAGUCCCACUGGGAAGAUUGUUAAGACAGUAGGGGACCCCUUGCCUGUGAAGAUGGAGAAGAAUACCUCGGGUGAUGCUAAAGUGUCAUGGACAAAGAAUGGAGUGGCUGUGAAGGAGCCAGAGUUUAGCAAGUUGACCUAUGCUGAUGCGGGAAUCUACCUAUGUGAGGUCUCCACGACCAGCUUCACACGACAUCAGAGCUUUGAACUGGUGGUAGAAGGGAAGCCUGUGAUCACCAGCCUAACCAAACACCGUGUCGAUGAUGCCAAACACAAAGUUCUGACUUGCGAGGCUGAGGGAGUGCCAGAACCCAGCUUCCAAUGGAGCAUCAAUAGCACAAACGAGGAGAGCUCUUACAUCAACGGCAAGGCCAUCCAUAAAAUCACUGUGAUCCCAAAAGUGAACUUAACUGUCAGCUGCAGCGUCACCAACAGGCUGGGAGAAGAUGUCAUGACCAUCAAUAUUUCCUCUAUUUUUGAAGAGGGAGAGGGAAAUAAAGACUCUUCGGAGGAUUUGGAGGACCAGUCAAAGCUCAUAGUGGGUGUCGUGGCAGGGCUCCUCAUAGCUGCUGCAGCACUAGGACUCAUCUACUGGCUCUACAUGAAGAAUUCAAGACAAGGAAGCUGGAAAACUGGUGAGAAGGAGGUGGGAACAUCUGAGGAGAACAAGAAACUAGAAGACAACAAUCACACUGUUUAAUAGGUGCUCAGGCUGUACUAUGUGCGAGGAAAGAGGGAAGGAAGCAGUUGAAAGCAGUCUCAAAAUACAGACUCCCAGUUGGCUGCUGACAUGCUUCAUCAGACUCCACAUCGGCAACAUCACCAAGUCCUGCCUACAGCCUGCUGUCCCACCUCACUGAAGUCUGCAUGGAGGCCGCCUUGUGUUACGGUAUCAUUUUGCUUUCUGUUUUCCUGGUGAAUGCUGUUUGAGCAAUUCCAUGAGGCUGUGUGGUGGGUUUUUUUCUUUGUUUGUUUGUUUUUUUGCUGCUUGGUGUUUUGUUUUGUUUGAAUGUAAAUUCCUUGUAAACUUUUUAAGGUCUAUAUAACGAAUCGUAAAUGUCCUGGCUCAACAUGCCAAUGUUUUUUAUUUUUUAUUUUUUAUUUUUAUAUGCUGUGUGUGGAAAAGUCUUUGUUUGACUAUGCUGAGAGAAAAAGACUUCACUGCUGUAUAACCCUACUGAAACUGUCCUCAGACUUUUCAGAAAAUAACCUCAGUAUCUCUUCAUCCUGAUUUAUGUUGCAAAUAAUUUAAUCUGAAAAAACGAAAAGAAUUUGUUAUUUAGUUGAAUACACUACAAUGUUCUUGCGUGUCUUCACCUGUCUGCUAGACCAUGGAAUAGAUUUUAUAUUUUCUUUUUCAUGUUUUAAUUUUAGAAGAUCUUAACUGAUGCCUGAUCUGAAUGUUCUGUCUUUUGUGUUUUUGCUGUAUUCUCUGUGCAAUCUCCCGGGAUGGCUGUGCCGUAGCAUGCUUUUUUUAAAGCCUGUGUGAAGGCCAUCAUGUGUUGAGUAGAGAGUGACAUGAGUGUGAAUAAUAAUAGCACAUACUGCACUCAUUCUCAGCUGUAAUGUUAUCAUUAUUAUAAUGUUAUUUUAGCUAAGUGGUGUGAAGGAUAACUACACUGUCAGUUAGUGUCAAGACAGUGGUUGUGACUGGCAGACUAGAUGAGGCGCAUAAAGGUUCUCUGGGUUUACAUCAUUCUGCUCCGCUUCAUCCCACAAUGCAACACCCCAGUCACCCACCAAAGACAAACUGUUGGCAAGAUUGUUUGAGAGGAAUCCUAAAUCUUGUUAACAUUUAUAGUUCAGUUAAUGAAGUUAAGUUUAUUUAGUACACAACUGUUCAGUUCACAAAUUUUAAGCUUGCUUAAUACAUGUGCAUAUUUAUUCAUAUACCGGGAAAUUACUUGACAACAGAAGCAUCGACCUAAAAUUUAAUAUUUCUGAAAAAAAAAAAAACCGUAGAUAAUGACCAAAUUUCUAAUGAACCUGACUAAUCAUGUGGCAAAAACCCUCUUGUGAUAUUGAAAGGUAUGACACAUGGAACAGAUCGAUGUUCAUCACCUGGCAUUGUGAAUUCCAGGGGUAUGUCAACACAGGGAUUUUAUGUCUCUUGAUCUUUUCCAUGCAAGUUUUCCAAACUGUAGCAGAGAGAUGACAUUCUACUCUCUUACACUUUUGAAAUAAAGAAGGUACUAAUUGUGCACACUUCCCCAUCUAGCCUCUUCAAAAUUACAAUGAUGUAUAUCAUGGGAUGAUUGUAAAACUACAUGCCAUGAAAGCAGUAGGUCAAUAUUUUUAAGCACCUAUUCAAUUGUUUUUUCUCAUGCCUUUUUGUUCCUUUUCAAAGAAUCAGGUCAGCAGUGAAACCAAAGAGGGUAGAUUAAAAGGCCAUAGCAGUGUUGUAAAAUACAGACUUUUGUUUUUUGUACUGUUAUUGACAAUAAACUGUACAUUUUGAGAAAGCAAA